CUUCAUCUUCUUCAAUGUCCCUCCUCUUCGGUGAUGAAUCAAUCUUCUUCAUCUUCACAGCCUCCUUUAUUUACAAGUUGCGGCGACGGGAAGGGAGUGAUGAAAGGAAGAACUUGCACAAACAUUCUUCCUUUUCUCGUCAUCACAGUCGCGGCGAUUGGAAGGGAGUGUCAGGGGCGAAAAACUUCACAAAUAUUCUUCCUUUUCUCGUCAUCGAUGCGAAAGCGCGAGUUUAUUGAAAGGUUCGCCGCGGUGCUCUCACACUUUUGCUGCGACAAAGUAUGAUAGAAGCAAUCAAUAUAUUCAAUCCAUCUAUUUCACCGUGGCGCUCAGCUAACUUCGCCAUAGCGAAAGUACGCAGAAAGCUCAAACUUGGGAUUUCUACAAUAUGAGGAACCUUUGACGAAGGAUUCCCAACAAAAGUGCAGUAAAGCACAACUCGGGUAUUAUGAGGAAAAAAUAUGACUAAUUUAAACUUUUUUAGUCGCCUUGGGUUAAAUAAAAAAUAAAACCAAAUUAUGCAAUAAAGCACAAUUCGAAUCGUGUCUCUUGAGGAACUUUUUAUUAAUUCCUAAGUUAACUAAGUGACAAAAGAAUUAAAAAGGAGGG